AUGUCUUAUAACAAUAAUAACAAUAGCGGUGGUUAUAGAGGUGGAGCAGGUGGCUAUAGCAACGGUGGAUAUGGAGGUAGUAGAGGUGGUUCAAGAGGUGGAUACGGUGGUGGAUCCAGAGAUGGAGGUUACGGUGGUAGAGGUGGUGGUAGAUUUAAUGAUCAACCAAGAGCGGAAUUGCAAGCACCUCAAUGGGAUUUAGAAAAUUUACCAAAAUUUGAAAAAAAUUUUUAUAGUGAACAUCCAAACGUUACUAAUAGAUCAGAUAGAGAAAUCGAAACAUUUAGAAAAGAAAAUGAAAUGAGUAUUGAAGGACACGAUAUUCCACAUCCAAUUACUUCAUUCGAUGAAGCUGGAUUUCCAGAUUAUGUAUUAGGUGAAUUAAAAAAUCAAGGUUUCCCAAAACCAACUGCUAUUCAAUGUCAAGGAUGGCCAAUGGCUUUAAGUGGUAGAGAUAUGGUUGGUAUUGCAGCAACAGGUUCAGGUAAAACUUUAUCUUAUUGUUUACCAGGUAUUGUUCACAUUAAUGCUCAACCAUUAUUAAAACCAGGUGAUGGUCCAAUUGUUUUAGUUUUAGCUCCUACUAGGGAAUUAGCUUGUCAAAUUCAAACUGAAUGUAGUAAAUUUGGUUCUUCAUCAAGAAUUAGAAAUACUUGUGUUUAUGGUGGUGCUCCAAAAGGACCACAAAUUAGGGAUUUAGCAAGAGGUGUUGAAAUUUGUAUUGCUACUCCAGGUAGAUUAAUUGAUAUGUUAGAAGCUGGAAAAACUAAUUUGAAAAGAGUUACUUAUUUAGUUUUAGAUGAAGCUGAUAGAAUGUUAGAUAUGGGUUUUGAACCUCAAAUUAGAAAAAUUGUUGAUCAAAUUAGACCAGAUCGUCAAACUUUAAUGUGGUCUGCUACUUGGCCAAAAGAAGUUCAGAAUUUAGCAAGAGAUUAUUUAGUUGAUCCUAUUCAAGUUACUAUUGGUUCAUUAGAAUUAGCUGCUUCUCAUACUAUUACACAAAUUGUUCAAGUCAUAACGGAAUAUCAAAAAAGAGAUAUGUUAGUAAAGCAAUUAGAAAGUGCAUUAAAUGACGCAAAUUCUAAAGUUUUAGUUUUUGCAUCAACAAAAAGAACUUGUGAUGAUGUAACAAGUUAUUUGAGAUCAGAUGGAUGGCCAGCAUUAGCCAUUCAUGGUGAUAAAGAACAACAUGAAAGAGAUUGGGUUUUGAAAGAGUUCAAACAAGGUUCACAUUCAAUUAUGGUUGCAACUGAUGUUGCUGCAAGAGGUAUUGAUGUCAAAGGUAUAACUCAUGUCAUCAAUUAUGAUAUGUCAAACAAUAUUGAAGAUUAUGUCCAUAGAAUUGGAAGAACUGGUAGAGGUGGUGCAACAGGUACAGCCAUAUCAUUUUUCACAGAAGCUAAUAAAAAAUUGGGUGGAGAUUUAUGUAAAAUUUUAAGAGAAGCUAAUCAAACUAUUCCUCCUGAAUUACAACAAUAUGAUAGAAGAAGUUUCGGAUCACAUAUUAGAUAUGGUGCAGGAAGAGGUGGUAGAGGUAGAGGUGGAUAUGGAGGACGUGGAGGACGUGGUGGAUUUAGAGGUGGAAGAGGUGGCUUCUCAAGUGGUUCAAAUGCUGCUCCAAUGGGAAACCGUCGUUUCUAA